GUUGUUUUUCCCGUGCAAGGUGCAGGCGUGGGUCGCGUGGGACUAAUUUACAGAGAGCUUUGAUCCACAGCCGAGCUUCCCAUCAGACGCUUCACCAGCCGCGGGUAAACUCCAAACCAACCAGCCACUUCACUCCAGACAACAGAGGACAAACAUUAAAGUUGGCUUUUUUUAUUGUUCUUUGUAUUCUUUACGAUUGCUGGUCGAAAGAGUGAAGGCGACGCGGCGGUGCUCGGUCCGCUCCUUUCUCGUCGGUCAAACCAGAUCUGUCGUGGAAAUAUAGGCGCCUGGAAAGUGGACAUCAGCUCACUUUGACUUGUUUGGGCUUUUAAUUGCCUUUGUGCUUUGAUCGGGAUUUGUCUGGGCGUCUUUUUAAGCCGCAAAUAUAAUUUUAAGAUGAUGUUUUAGAGCAACAACACAGUGGCACGUGCCGCGUAAAUAUGUGUUAUUGAGCUUUCUCCUGGAUGUAAAAACACACAAUUUGUAUUUCUGCCAUAUAUUCAGAAAUCUACGUUAAUUUUGAUCGCCACUGUAUUUUGUUGAUGGGGGCGUGACGGCUCAUUCGCCUCGAGACUUGUUUUUCCAAGGUCGGGAAUGAAUUUUGAUCAGCUGCUGGCCACAGUCGGUGGCUUCGGGAGAUACCAGAAGCUUUUGUAUGUGUGGAUAUGUCUACCGCAGAUCUUUCUCGCGUUUCACAUGAUGGCGAGCGUCUUCACGGGCGCCACGCCGCCCCACCGUUGUCGGGGUCCAGGGACGGAGGACGCGUCUCUUACUUUCGGGAACCUGAGCAUCGCCCUUCUGCCGGGACGCGCGGACUCGUGCGCAGCCGUUUCGGGAAAGAACCGCAGCGCGCGCUCAACCUGCGAGACGGGAUGGGUGUACAGCCACGAAAUCUUCCAGAGCACCACUGUCACGGAGUGGGACCUAUAUGUGUUUGGAGCUAUGGCAGACAGGUAUGGGAGGAGGUUUGCCAUGCUCUUGUCUUUAGCCCUUCAGACAGUGUUUGGUGUGGCUGCUGCCUUCGCCCCAAACUUCCCUGUUUAUGUGACCCUGCGCUUCAUCAUAGGAAUGACCAUAUCGGGCGUGAUAAUCAAUGCAUUUGUUCUAGGCACAGAGUGGACCUGCACACAGAGACGGAUGCUUGCUGGCAUCUUCACUGACUACUUCUUUGGUUUUGGCUACAUGCUGCUGGCAGGUGUGGCUUAUCUCAUCAGAGACUGGAGAAAGCUGCAGCUGGCAAUCUCUGCUCCAGGAUUUCUCUUUAUAUUCUACAUUUGGGUUCUUCCACAUUCAGCCCGUUGGCUUUUGGUGAAUAACCGAAAUGAGGAAGCGAUUGAUCUUCUGCGUAAGGCAGCUAUGGUCAAUGGUCGCACCUUACCUCCCACAGUUCAGGUGGAGCAAUAUGAGAGUCCACAAGGACGGAGUCAAUAUACAGCUGUUGACCUGCUCCGAACUCCCCAGAUGAGGAAGAGAGCUCUUAUACUGUUCUACAUCUGGUUUGUUAAUGUGUUGGUGUAUUAUGGUCUGUCUCUGGGUGUGUCUGACCUCGGGGCAGACCUUUACCUCACUCAGUUCAUGUUUGGAUUGGUGGAAAUUCCUGCCAGAUCGCUGGUGCUGGUUCUCCUGCCCUGCAGUCGACGGAUCCCACUGAGUGUGUUCCUGGCUGUGGGAGGCAGUGCAUGUCUACUGACCCUCACUGUUUCAGCAGACAGUGCUCAUAUUCUGACUGCUUUGGCCAUGGUGGGGAAAUUUGGAAUUACAGCAUCUUUUGCCAUCAUUUAUAUUUAUUCUGCAGAACUGUUCCCGACUGUUCUCAGGCAAACAGGUAUUGGUGUUUCUUCUAUGUUUGCACGGAUGGGUGGAGUUUUAGCGCCACUAAUAAACCUGCUUGGACGCCAUACACCUUUUGUGCCCAUGGUGAUAUUUGGCUCCACCCCUCUGCUUGCUGCGGUGCUUGCCCUAGCAUUGCCUGAAACUGCAAAUAAACCACUACCAGACAGCAUUCAUGAUACAGAGAGGUCGGCUCUGAAAUAUGAUGGACAAAUUCCUGUACGUACCAGCCAAUUGCAAAGCAACGCAGAAGGACAGGAACUGCAGAGUUUAGCAGAUGAGUCCACUUAGACAUAUAUGAUCACACACAAACCCUAUGCAGUGUCGACUUCUAGUGUGUUUACAUUAUUAGUCUUGCUGAUAAUCAGUGAAACUUGAAAAUGGUUCAGGUUUUGAUACAAAAAUGUCUCUUUUGUGAUUUUUACUGAUAUUUGAAUAUUUUAGACAUUUUUUGAAACGGCUGUAGGUUGUGUAUUUGAUUGAUUUACAUUAGGAUUAGCAGUUUUAAUAAAACUAAAGAGUAAACUUUAUAAAAAUGAAUGAUUGAGUCUGAAAGCAAUUGGAUUUGUGCAUCAAAUGUUUAUCAGACCUCUGUGCAAAACAAAUGCUCUAACAAACAUUAAGGCAACAUUUGUGAAUUAGUAAGCCAAACUAAAUUCAUUAAGUUUACUUUUGACAGAUAUUUACAUUUAAAAUGUGUUUUUGUUUUCUUCUGGCAAGUGUACCAAAAUAUUCUUGGUCCCUGCACUGUGUAGAUUUUUGCCCAAUCAUAUGCCAUCUAAUAUGAGAAUGUACCUCCCACUAACACCAACUGCCAGAAAAUGGCAAAUCUUUUAGUGUUUGGUCUAGUGGAGAGUGAAACAGUGCCUUCUUUGUAAAGUACUUUAGUCAACAUUUAAAGUGGAUCAAAACCUUUCAUUAAAGUUGUCAUAAAAUCAAAAUGCGUUCUUUUCUUAGGACAACUUUGAUGAACUUGUUUGAUUCAAUUCAAAUAUUGACUACUAUAGCUGACAUGUUGCAUCCAAUGUUUGGGAAUUACACCUGGUUGAAAUUGUUUAAUAGCAUAUUAGUAUUCUGAAUUAUCUUAGCUCAGUAGCUAGAGGGAAAGGUUUUCUGUUUAGUGCAGAUUUGUCUGUCGUUUGUUUGCAUUUAUUUUUUCUGUUGCUUCAAUGAAAAAAAAAGCCAUCAUCAUAUGCAUUUAUAUAAAGAGGUUUCAUGUAGAGUGUAAGUGAUAUGUGUGUUGCCAACUUUGCAUGAGCCAAUGAUACAUACACUACUGCAGAAGAUCAUGCGAUUGCUGUGAUCACAAACUUAUAGACUUCAAUCUCACUGCCAAAUAACACAAUUUAGUUUUUCAUUUUGUAUCUUGACAUUAACUUCUUAAACAUGGGGCAAUGUGCUUUUACUGCAUGGAAAUAUUUGAUAGGAAUUAACAAUUGUAUUAUAAUAAUGUUUUAAAUAUCGAUGGGGUUCAGAUUUACAGGGGUUGGACAAUUAAACUGAAACACUGGCCAACUUAGUGUUGGAGGUUUCAUGGAUAAAUUUGAUGUCUUUUAACAAGAUGAAAUGUGAAGACAGAGGAGGGCACUGUAAGGGAAACAGACAUUAAAAAAACUGGAUAGUUACAACAGUU